CCUUUUACUCCAAGUAAGAUUGCUAAACUGUGUAAGCCGCAAAAAUCUUUCUUUCUUGCUCUCUCUAGACUGGUGCUUGAGUUUGAUCUGUUGGUGUAUGCGUUUGGCCAGUUCCCCCUAGUGGUUGUUACGUGGAUGUGUAUGUUCCUGUCCACCCUUGUGGUUCCAUAUAUACUGCUCAGUGUCUGGGCCAGUGUUUACCCCACGUCAAGCCAUCGGGCCUUAUGGACAGUGCUGGCUGGUUCUCUCUUGCUUCUGUACCAGGGGCUGUGUUUGGGUUUCCUACCCACAUAUGUGGUGCUGAAAAACGGCCUUCCCCCUGCUUCAUGCUUCAUACUUAUUCUGGAACAGGUGCGACUGAUAAUGAAGGCUCACUCUUUCAUCAGGGAAAAUGUGCCAAGAGUGCAAUCCUUAGAACGAACCAAAACAAAUUCAUUAGCUGUACCUCAGUUCACCCAGUACAUUUACUUUCUCUUUGCACCUACCCUAAUAUACAGAGACAAUUAUCCACGGUAA